GGGUAGUCAGCUGUGCAAGAUCUGGGUGCAUGCAGGCACACUCAAGAUGGAUGCCAAAAUGGUUGUUGACCUCCUUUACUGGCGAGACAUUAAGAAGACGGGAGUGGUGUUUGGUGCCAGCUUGUUCCUGCUGCUUUCAUUAACAGUGUUCAGCAUCGUGAGUGUGACAGCUUAUAUUGCCUUGGCCCUGCUUUCUGUGACGAUCAGCUUUAGGAUAUACAAGGGAGUUAUCCAGGCAAUCCAAAAGUCUGAUGAAGGCCACCCGUUCAGGGCUUACUUGGAGUCCGAUGUAGCCGUGUCUGAAGAGCUUAUUCAGAAGUACAGUAAUGUUGUGCUUGGUCACAUUAACGGCACAGUCAAAGAGCUGAGACGUCUCUUCCUAGUCGAUGACUUAGUUGAUUCUCUGAAGUUUGCAGUGUUGAUGUGGGUAUUCACUUAUGUUGGUGCCUUGUUUAAUGGUCUGACAUUACUGAUUCUGGCUUUGAUUUCGCUCUUCAGUGUUCCUGUUAUUUAUGAGAGACAUCAGGCCCAAAUUGACCAUUAUUUGGGACUCGUGAACAAGAAUGUCAAAGAUGCAAUGGCCAAGAUCCAAGCAAAGAUCCCUGGGUUGAAGCGCAAAACUGAAUAAAAAGCCUGAAGCAACUUAUCGAUAGGAAGUUCGUCUUUAAGGGGGGAAAAAAUACUUACUUGGAUUGACAUGGGGAGGGUCAGGGAAUAGCAACGCCCUUGACAUCGCAGUGCAAUUUCACAGAUCUUUAUUUUUUAGCAACGCAGUGUUUGAGGAAAAAAUAACUGUUUUGACUGCCAUGUGUUUCAUCAUCUUAAGUAUUGUAAGCUGCUAUGUAUGGAUCUAAAACUAAUCAUCUUUCUUUAUCCUGUGUGCAGCACUGGCUAAUACAAAAGAUUUGCGAAAGCUGUACAUUUUGCUUCAUCAGAGGUAGUCCCUGCUGCGUUCCGGAGGAGGUAGUGCAGGUGGAGCGGAGGAUAACACUUCCCAGUUUGUGCACUGUGUAUGGUCUGUGUAGAUUGAUGCAGAUUUUCUAAAAUGAGAUGUUCUAGAAGAAUAUACCAUUUUAGCAAGUUUUGAAAAAUCUUGCCUUUUUGGUAUGAGUAUAGCUGUAUCGUGAUUUUAUUGUUUUAUCAAUUGCCUAUAUAUAUAUAUGUGUGUUUCACAAAGCUUAGAUCUUUCAGCUGCUCCACAGUGCUUCAUACUUCAGAGGAUUGACUGAGUUCUGGACUAGCUCCAUAGCACACAAGCUUGAAAAACUAAAAUGUCUCUGUAAACACUAGCAUCUGUUUAAAAAAAACCAACCAAACAAAAGAGAAAUGAACAAAGGAACUGCCACAUAUAUUAAAAGAAACUACAGCAUACACUUUGUUGCACGGACGUACGGUAGAUGAUUUUGAGCAAAUAAUUCUACAGUCUCUCAAACUCUGAUAAUCUGUGGACCGAAUAUCUACUGCUGCAAAAUGUUGUUUGGAAACUUAAAACCUUGUUAUGCAAGAAAUGAUAAGUGAAAAUUUAUACACUUGCAGUUUAAGCUGUAUUGAACUAAGUCUGUGGAAUGCAUUGUGAAAUGUAAAAAAAAAAAAACCAAAACAACAAAAAAAGCAAAAAAAAAAAACCCCAACAAAAACCCCAAGUAUCAAUAAAGCUUAUAGACAU